GAACAAACAGGGGAAAUGGCUGCGAGCGCGGGCUUCUCCUCCAAUGGACCUGUACCCUGGGCUCUGAGCGACACCGAGGUGAACAAUCUGUACCGGGAUCUGGAGCUGGGCACCGUACUCACGCUCUAUUACUCCAAAAAGUCCCAGAGACCCGAGAGGAGGACGUUUCAAGUCAAGCUCGAGACCAGGCAGAUUAUCUGGACCAGAGGAACGGAUAAAAUCGAGGGCGAAAUUGAUAUCCGGGAGAUUAAGGAGAUCCGGACUGGACAGAAGUCUCGGGACUUUGAGCGAUAUGUGGAGGACGUCACGACCCGGCCGGACCAGGCCCACUGCUUCGUCAUCCUCUACGGCACUGAGUUUCGCCUCAAAUCCCUCAGUCUGGCAGCGACCUCAGACGAGGAGAUGGUGAUGUGGGUGAAGGGUCUGACGUGGCUGAUGUCCGAUACGCUGAGCUCCUCCACACCGCUGCAGAUUGAAAGGUGGCUAAGAAAGCAGUUUUACGCAGUGGAUCGUAACCGAGAGGACAGAAUUUCCUGUAAGGAUCUGAAAUGUAUGUUGUGUCAGGUCAACUACAGAGUGCCCAACAUGAAGUUCCUCCGAGAGAAACUUCCGCUGAUGCUCAACACACACAAAUCUAUGGAGAUUCCACUGCUGCAGAGGUUUAUUGACAGACCGGAGCAGAAGAUCUCGCUCGAGGACUUCCAGAACUUCCUCAUUGAACAGCAGAAGUUCCUCACCUAUCUGUUCUCCAAAGAAAACACCAUCUGGGACGCUCAGCUGGAUCAGGUGCGGCCCGAGGACAUGAACAACCCCCUGUCCCACUACUGGAUCUCCUCGUCCCACAACACCUAUCUGACGGGGGACCAGUUUUCCAGCGAGUCGUCUCUGGAGGCGUACGCCCGCUGUCUGCGCAUGGGCUGCAGAUGCAUCGAGUUGGACUGCUGGGACGGUCCUGACGGGAUGCCUGUCAUCUAUCACGGUCACACCCUCACCACCAAGAUCAAGUUCAGUGAUGUGCUCAACACCAUCAAAGAGCAUGCAUUCGUCACGUCUGACUAUCCCAUCAUCCUCUCCAUCGAGGACCACUGCAGCAUCGUCCAGCAGAGAAACAUGGCCACUUUCUUCAAGAAGGUGUUUGGGGAGAUGCUGCUGACCAAAGCGGUGGACAUUUCAGCAGACGGCCUGCCCUCGCCACACCAGCUCAAGAGGAAGAUCCUCAUCAAGCACAAGAAGUUAGCGGAGGGCAGUGCGUACGAGGAGGUGUCGUCUUCAACACCCUACUCAGAGAACGACAUCAGCAACUCCAUCAAGAACGGCAUCCUGUACCUGGAGGACCCCAUCAACCACGAGUGGUAUCCACACUUCUUUGUUCUGACCAGCAAUAAGAUCUAUUACUCUGAAGAGACGUCCAGUAAUCAAGGGAACGAGGAUGAGGAGGAGCACAGAGAGAUCUGCAACGGUAUGGACCAGCAUGUGACGGAGAAGUGGUUUCAUGGUAAACUGGGUGCAGGUCGUGACGGCCGUCAGAUCGCAGAGCGCCUGCUGUCUGAGUACUGCGUGGAGACUGGAGCUCCAGACGGAUCCUUCCUAGUGCGGGAGAGCGAGACCUUUGUAGGAGACUACACCCUCUCCUUCUGGCGCUCUGGUCGUGUUCAGCACUGCAGGAUUCACUCUCGACAGGAAGCAGGAAGUCCCAAGUUCUACCUGACGGAUAACCUGGUGUUCGACACUCUGUUUGCGCUCAUCACUCAUUACCAGCAGGUUCCUCUGCGCUGCAACGAGUUCGAGAUGAAGCUGACCGAGCCGGUGCCGCAAACCAACGCUCACGAGACCAAAGAGUGGUACCACGCGUGUCUGUCCCGCAGUCAGGCUGAAAACAUGUUGAUGAGGGUCCCACGUGACGGUGCUUUCCUUGUUAGGAAGAGAACUGAAUUCAACUCUUUCGCCAUUUCCUUCCGGGCUGAAGGGAAGAUCAAGCACUGUCGCGUCCAGCAGGAGGGACAGACGGUGGUUUUGGGAACCUCGGAGUUCGACAGUUUAGUCGAUUUAAUCAGUUACUAUGAGAAACAUCCACUGUACCGCAAGAUGAAGCUGCGCUACCCCAUCAACGAGGAAACACUGGAGAAGAUCGGCACUGCUGAGCCUGAUUAUGGGUCUCUGUAUGAGGGACGAAACCCGGGAUUCUAUGUGGAAGCCAAUCAGAUGCCCACGUUUAAGUGCACAGUUAAAGCCAUGUAUGAAUACAAAGCCCAGCGGGAUGAUGAGCUCUCCUUCAUCAAGAACGCCAUCAUUAGUAACGUGGACAAACAGGAGGGAGGCUGGUGGAAGGGUGACUGCGGUGGAAAGAAGCAACUGUGGUUCCCGGCCAAUUAUGUGGAGGAGAUCAGCCCGACGGCGGUGGAGCCCGACAGAUCUGCCUCAGAGAACAGUCCUCUGGGAGAUCUCCUGAGAGGAAGUGUGGACGUGUCUUCCUGUCAGAUCGUGGUCAGACCUGAAGGGAAAGGCAGUCGUCAGUUCGUCUUCUCUCUGGUGCCGGUGGCGUCUCCUCGCACCGGUCCUGUGCUGGACAUCGCAGCCAGCUCUCAGGAGGAGCUGAAGGACUGGGUGGUGAAGAUCCGAGAGGUCACCAUGACAUCUGAAGCCAAGCUUGAAGAGGGGAAAAUGAUGGAGAGAAGAAAGAAGAUCGCUUUAGAGCUGUCUGAUCUGGUCAUCUACUGCCGGCCGGUUCCUUUUGAUGAAGACAAAAUUGGGACGGAGCGCGCCUGUUUCCGGGACAUGUCCUCCUUUCCCGAGACUAAAGCAGAGAAGUAUGUGAACCGCGUUAAAGGGAAGAAGUUCCUGCAGUAUAACCGUCUGCAGCUCUCGCGGAUCUACCCGCGCGGCCAGCGCCUCGACUCCUCCAACUACGACCCAUUACCCAUGUGGCUGUGCGGCAGUCAGCUGGUGGCCCUCAACUUCCAGACCGCAGAUAAACCCAUGCAGAUGAACCAGGCCAUCUUCAUGCUGAACGGCAGGAGUGGAUAUGUGCUGCAGCCGCCCAUCAUGAGGGAUGACAACUUCGACCCGUUUGACCGCCACUCGCUCAGAGGAGUGGAGCCCAUCACACUCAGCAUAGAGGUUUUGGGAGCGCGUCACCUGCCCAAACACGGUCGAGGUAUUGUUUGUCCGCUCAUCGAGAUUGAAGUUUGCGGAGCAGAAUAUGACAAUGCCAAGCAGAGGACAGACUCAGAAGCAGACAAUGGUCUGAACCCCACCUGGACCAGGAAACUCUUUAGGUUCACCGUGUGCAAUCCUUCCUUCGCAUUCCUGCGCUUUGUGGUCUACGAAAUCGACAUGUUCAGUGACCAGAACUUUCUGGCCCAGGCCACAUUCCCCAUCAACUGCCUCAAAACAGGCUACCGCUCGGUCCCGCUGAAGAACAGCUACAGUGAGGAUCUGGAGCUGGCCUGUCUGCUGGUGCACAUGGACGUCAUCAGAGGACGGGUGGGAUAUGAGAUGAUCCAUGAGAAUGGAGACAUGUUGAGUCCGUUCUCUCCGGCUGGGGCGAUGGCGAUGGCUAUGCAGACGGGCCGCGAGCGGAUGAACGACUCUGGCUCCGUCUCCUCCACCUCCUCCAUGUCUCCUCUGCCCUCGUCUCCGGCGCAGGCUCUAGGGUACCGCGGGCGCGAGGGCUCGUUCGAGGCCCGCUAUCAGACCCCUCUGGAGGACUUCAGAGUGUCUCAGGAGGCGCUGCUGGACCACGAGAACAGGAGGCUCCGCAGGGCUCGCGUCAGCGCCGAUAACCGAGCGUAAACCGAGCAGAUGGAUAGACGGAGCAGACGAGACGCAAGGCCAGCGACAGGGAUUCUGCAGAGCUGAUGAUGAUGAUGAUGAUGUCGGGACGGUUUGUUUGGGAAUGGGCAUAGCGGCGCUUUCAGACAGAUCCUCUCUCUCCUGCUCA